AUGUCUUUUGUCUUGUCUAAAUUUUUAACAUUACCUUUGAUCUCUAUUAACAAACCCCAUGUCAUUCCAUAUUUCCCUUCCUCAACAAUACUCUAUUCAUGCAGAAUGGUUUUUUUGCUCACUCGAAAUUUCGACCAAAGUUCUAAAUUAACAAAAUUUGUUUGUCAACUUCCUACAUUUAUCCGGCCUUACCAUUUCCUACACAGAUAUGAUGGAUGUGCUUUUUCCGGAAAUGAGCGAACGAGGAAGUUUUUGAAAGUAUUCCUUAGGUACGAUUUCGGUUUUUUCACAGCUCGAAAAGAUUCAUAUGGAGCUUCAUUGUCUACCAGGCAAUACUUUGAAAAAUCAAAAGAGGAAUAUUUAACUCCCCCUUUAGUUGAUAUACAAGCAUUUCUUUCCCAAAUGCAUUUUGAUAAACAUUUAGGAAGUGCUAUUACGUUGCCCAUAUUUAACGUAAUGGAUAUAGCUUGCUGGCUGAAAGACAAGAUAGCCUUAAAUCUAUUAAUUAACAAAUUGACUUGGCAUGGAUUCCAUUUGGUAAGAUGGGGAACGUAUUGGAUGAUAAUGCAAAAUUUUAAAGUUUGUGUCUUCUAUUUGUUUCAGUGGAAUUUAGCACAAACCAUUUCGACAUCAUCAUCGUUGUACAUUGGAUCGGUUCAUUCUAACUACGAAAUUGCUAUGAAAAGGGAAGAUGGAGAGAAAUCUGCUUCUUUAUUUCAUAUGCUGCUUGAGACCCUUGUUUAUGUGUUAAUAAUGCAUAUUGACGAGAUCCUGAAUAGAUUCGGUGGUGUCCAUCCCAAAUUGGCCAAAGUGACAGAAGUGAAUGGAAAUUAA